AUGGGCACAGUAACAGCGCCAUGGAAACAGCUUCUUCUCAACGCACUGCAGUCCAAUUCCCACCUCCGCCACUCUUCCUAUCUUCAACUAGCAACAAUAGGAUCCAAUGGAAGACCUGCUAAUCGCACCGUUGUUUUCAGGGGAUUUGCAGAUACUAGCAAUAAAAUUCAAAUCAACACGGACUGCAGAAGUCACAAGAUUGAAGAUCUUAAACAAUGCCCAUUUGCUGAAAUUUGUUGGUAUUUUACCGAUUCGUGGGAACAAUUCCGGAUCAAUGGUAAAGUCGAUGUCAUUGAUGGAUCAAACCCUGACCCCAUGAAACUUCAGCAAAGAGAGACAGCUUGGUUUGCUAGUUCACCAAAAUCGAGGCUCCAAUAUCUGGGUCCAACUCCAGGGCUUCCAUCUUUAGGUGAUCAAUCAACCGAGGUGCCAACUUCAUUGGACCCUUCAGCUGGACCCGUUUCAGCUUAUUGCUUGCUCCUUCUUGACCCUGAUCAGGUUGAUUAUGUGAAUUUGAAGAGUAACGAGAGGAUAGCAUUCUCUAGGAAGAACAUCAAUGAAGAGAGCUGUUGGAGUUCAGACAGAGUCAACCCAUGAUCUUUAUCAACUGUCACUAUGAUGUAUAAGUUAUAAGUUAUAACACGUUCAUCUUCAUGAUCUGAAUAAAAUAAAAAAGGUUUGAUUUCUUUAGCUUUUAUACAUAAUACUAUUAUAUAGUUUAGGCACACUAACUCUCCCCAACUACACUUGGUUGAAAUUUUCAAUUUUAUUCACUGAAACAUGAGCU